UUCUCUCUAAGUCCCCCACAGAAUAUAAAGCUUUGCAGUGUUACUUGGUUGCCCUUAUUCGUACGGAAAAGUACGAGGAAUGUCUUGGUUUGAUUAAAAAGUACCACGAUUUGAGCAGGUGAGUCUGGUUUUUUCCCUCUCACUUUCUUUUUAGCUAUGUUCUGUUUGAAAAAGCAUAUGCCGAAUAUCGUUUAAACCGUAUAGAUGAAGCCGUUAAAACUUUGAAACAAGCGGAUCCCAAUGAUUUACGGGUUCUGGAGCUCAAAGCUCAAGUGCUCUACCGAAAGGAGGAGUUCACUGAGGCGUACACUUGCUUGCGUCAAGUUAUUCGUAAUUCUCAAGUACGUUACUCAUGAUCUUUCAUAUUCCUUUUUUGUAGGAUGAUUUCGGUGAGGAAAGGCUAACUAACCUAGCCGCCGUAGCGGCUUCAGCUGCUUGCUUUAAGAACGAACGCAUAGAUUUGGAUAUAGCGCCGGAAAUGCAUGAGGCCAAGUUUAAUCUGGCAUGUCUCUCCAUUGGCAAAGGGGACGAUUCGAAGGCUCAAUCACUGUUGGAAGAAGCUGAAAUCGUAUGUCGUCGGGUCCUCAGAGAUGACCCAGAGGUAACUGAAGAUGACAUCAACGAGGAGUUGGCUCCCAUACGCAUCCAGCAGGCCUUCUUGCUUCAGCGUGCCAAGAAGGAAGAAGAAGCGAACCAAAUUUAUCAAUCUGUCACUCGUAACCGGAACGCUGACUCCGCCCUCCUCGCAGUUGCUGCCAACAACAUAGUGUGCAUCAACAGAGAACAGAACAUCUUCGACAGCCGAAAGCGCAUCAAAAUGGCCUCCUUGGACGGAUUGCAACACAAGUUGUUCGCCAAGCAACGGGAAGAAAUGCUUCUCAACCAGGCUCUGUUCUAUUGGCACACCAAUCAGAUGGAUGCCUGUCAGGCGAAGGUGAAACAUGUGUUCCAGUCCAAUCCGCAUUCCUCACGAGCGUUGUUGCUAUCCAUCACACAAUUGCUGAGGGAAAAGCAAUACUCUCGGGCUAUUACCCUUUUGCAAAAUGACUGUUCUUCAAACAAGGCCUCCCCUGACAACACCGAUGGACCCGGCGUCGAGCUUAGCGUUCUUCUAGCCUUGGCCCAACUGUAUUUGCGAUACAGCAAAGAAAAGGGUCAGUUUUUCACAGGGUGUCCACGUUCCGAACAAGCUCUUUCUACAGAUGAAUUCUUGUCUCAAAAUCUACCCACUCCGUUGCUUCACAGUUCCGGCAUUGUUUGUACUCGCAUUGCUCUUCACCUGAUUGCCUCAUCCGGCGAUGAUGUCGCUUUGGAACGAAAAGAAGCCUUACUCCGAAUAGCGGAUAUCAUACAAUCGGCUCUUGAUUGGUAUGAAUUCAUAGACAAUCAGCACCCAUCCUACGGCGAACUUCUAGAGCACUGCGCAACUUUUCUACUGCAGCAAGGUCAAGCCUCACUGGCUGCUCGUCUUUUCGAACGUCAGCUCGAUCGACUUGAUGCAUCUUCUUCUCAUGCGGAUGAGAAACAACGAUCCGUUGCGAAACAAGGUAUUAUUGCUCGUUUGGUCUCUGCGUAUGCGCAGUUUGACCCCCCGAAAGCCGAAUUGGCUUGUCGGACGUUGAAAUUCAGCAACCAGUUGACCGAAGCAGAUGUGGACUCUCUGGAGACUGUGUUCCUCUACGGCGCAAAGACGUUGAAGCGACAUGGUCGUACAGCUGGUGAACAUGGGACAACUGGCGAAACGAAGUCCAUUCCAGCCGACAAGCAACACGCACCGACAUCUGAUGUCACCGAGGCUGUACAGCUAGCACAAACCAAGAAUACACGCCGUAAGAAAAAGCGCCGUGUUCGUCUUCCGAAAAAUUAUCAGCCUGGAGUCAUUCCCGACCCUGACCGCUGGCUUCCUCGUCGUGAGCGUGCCAAUUAUCGCGGAAAACGCAGAGACAAGCGUUAUCAACCUAGUCGUGGUCCUCAAGGCCAGGUGUCUGGUGUUUGCGAGUGGGAUGCGAGCGUACGCAGUCCGAAAGCGUCCACCACUGUCAACCCUCCGGUAGAAGGGAUCACAUCAAAUACCAAGCAAGUCAGCGGAGCAGCACGACAACAACAACGCAAAGGUCGCAGAAAAGGCGGUCGCUAACUCAAACUUCAGGGAACUAGCGGUUUUCCACUGUUGCUCACCUUAUCUGUUAAACUUCCUCAUUGCGCCCUUCAUGUGUUUUGAGCCCCUGCUUUUGUGUAAGUCAUUUCGUGAUACUUUCCUUUUUUCUGCGAUAUGUUUCUGGUCUAGUAUUGCAAUAUAUCUCAUCGUCGUCUGA